AUGAUGUUUCUUCCUGCAUCUUCCUGGUCAUUGUUAUUGCUGCUCGGCCAUUUGGCAGUGGGGAAGAAUCCCUCACGCGACGAGGGCGGAUAUCGGUAUGGGCAGCCGGUGCCUGUCAGCUGUUUGAAUCGGACGAUAGAGUCUGGUGAACACAUUGAAGACAAGCUCGGGCGACUGCAAUAUAUCCCCUUCCCAACCUGCAACGAAACUUCCCUCCCGCUCGCCCUGCACUAUGGCGUCUCCGAGACCAUCACCUGCACCAUCGACGCCCUUCCGGACACACUCUACCACUUGUUCGAAUACUACGUGCACUCAGAUGCGCCGUUGACAUGUCGUGUGCCCACCGGUCCGCUCAGUCCGUCUUCCACUCUUGAUGCGGGAAGCAAACAUGUUUCUAGCAGUUCAGCAGCGGGAAAGGAAUACGACAUUGUCGACAUCAAUAGCGAUGGCAGUGCUGGUGACAGUGGCCCGCCAUACACGCCUCUGACCAUCGCCCUGCAGGGCACGCUUCAGCGCAGUCACCUGCAUAUCUGGACGGACAUGAAUGUGAUUGUGCACCAGAUCAGCUCUGUGGAGUCUCCGCGGAAGAAAUCGAAGAGAGCAACAACCACGCCGGGAUAUGUCGUUGCGGGAACUGCGUAUUCGGUGCCCGAACUCCACAGCCAAGACAGUAGCAGCAGCAACAGCAGAAAGGCGGCGGACGAGGAUGCCGCUCUGAUCGAAAACGCCCGGAAUCCAUGGACGGCCGGUCACGGAUCGAAAGUCAUCCGCGGCGAGCCGCUUACCUUCCGAUUCCGAGUCAACUGGGUCGCUGGCGCGGACAGCCUAGGCUGGACGACCCCGGCCUCGUCUUCGUCCUCGUCCUCGUUUGCCGCGUUCUUCUCUAAACUGAUCUUCUUCAUCAUGGCUGCUGGAAUCGGCGCUCUCGCUGCGUCAUACUGGGAGCGUCGUAUACGACACGGCGGCAGCGGUGGAUGGAAAGGAGAGGGCAUCCUCGGCCGUCCCAUGUACGGCGGAAGCAACCACUCCCGUCGCAACGGGAGCGGCAGCGGCGUCACGUACGGGAAUAGCGGAAGGCUCAACGGUUACGGAGGGUUUUCGCAGGGGAAUAUCCCUGCUGCGAGUCCCUUUGGGGGAGGAGGUAGUAAUGGCAGUAGUGUUGCAGUAGGAGCAGCAGGAGGAGGAGGAUAUGGAGGAUUCGGAGCGGGAUAUGGCAAGAAAGAUUGA